UUGAGUGUUGUGUGUUUUUGUUUUAAUGAUUCAUUUUCAUUGACAAUCUAUUUUCCCUGUAUGCUAGAUUCCAAUUACUAAUUAAUUAAAUUCCAAACCAUAAAGUUGCGUUCUAUCUGUGUGUUUGUAUUCGUGUUAAAAUUCUCCAGAAAAAUGUAGUGUUCUUGAAGUAUUUGUCAAUCUAAAUUGGAAGUUUUUAUUUCGUUCAUCGACCGAUUUUAUUCUGAAUCUGAAGACAGCUUCAAAGUUUCUGGUUGUUUGACUGUGUUACUUGAAAUCAUGCGUUAAUAGUUGUUCUUUAUACAAUUAUCUGUCGCUUAGUAUGGAUGUAGACACAACUCUACUACAAGUUCUAGCCUAUACAAGAUUCUUUCAAUUGACAGUACCAAGAUUCUAAGGAAUCAAUAAUGUUAAAAAAAAUUUGUUAACGUUGUUAAAUUACCUUUGCUAAGAGGUUUGUGAGGAUUGUGGCACAUUUUAUAAAUCCUUCCUCGGAAACUCCUGCUUUCUAAUGGAUCUUGAUGCUCAAGUUGAGAGUAUCAGUCAUACAUUAGUCAAAUUGGAUGAAAAAUCAAAAGUUGCUUCUGGUGAACAAAAAACCGAGCAAGACUUAAAUUUGAGGUGUUUGGACGGUGAAACCUUGGAAAGCUUUGAAUCAACUCAAAGUUGUGUUACACUGUCUUCCAAGUCAAAAGAGAACAUAGGCGACGGUGAUGAAAACAUUAAAAAUCCAGAACUGGCUUGCAAUGUAGCUUCGAUGUCUAAUGAUGUCAUUGGUUCAAAACCUAAGUUGGCAAAACAGUUACCGCUGCAGUAUUUAUGUUGUAUUUUUGAAAGCAAAAGGCAUAUUUGUAAUACAGAGAAAGCUCUGCUAACUGUUCCAUGUAGGUUUAGUAUUACAAAUGAGAUAAAGGAAUUCAAUUGCGAGGUGUCGCUUUGCAAAGAAAACACUGUUCAAACUUCAGCAAUAAAAGGAUCAGAAAACUCAUUUAGUUUAGACAACAGUUGUUUACCAAGGGGAAAUACUUGUAAAAGUGAAGAGUCUUUUCCUGCACAAGUUUCUGAGGAUGCCGAGUUUGUUGAGGUUGAAACAUUUUCAGGCCCGGUAGAGACGGAAAUUACUUUGUCUUGUAUUCAUAAAGAAAAAGUGUUAGAUCUGAUAAAUGUAGAUACAGUGUCUACAAAUGAUACAGGGAAUACAAAUUCUAAUCAGGAGACUUUUAAAUCUGAAUGUGACCUUACCAGAGAGGUUUUAAGUGAAGAAAUAAUCCACGAUAACCUCAAGUUAGACCAGAUAAAUGAGACUGCCGAUUCCCGUGACAGAGAAGCUACUGAUGUAAACGAUUCCAAAUCAGAGUGUUGCGUAGCAAAUUCUAAUGAAACUUCAAAUGAUUUCACUGUCAAUCAGGUCGAAGAGUUAGAAAAGUCUUCUAAUUUCCCAUCCCAAAAUUUGUUUGAAAGUGAAGAUGUAUCAAAAGAUCAUUGCUAUAUAAAGUUUAGUGAUGUGAACACUUGUGAGAAUAUUGCUUCUAGUUCAAUUGCAUCCUCUGAUCCGGGCCAAGCUAAUGAUACAGUUUUCCAAAAAAGAACAAAUUGUUUGUUUGAAACAUCAGCAAAGGAUGUAGAAUGCAAUUUGCAAGGCCAGCUAUAUUCUACAGACAAUUUUUCAAGCAAUACAUUUUUUAAUACCAGUGCUUGUAGCUCCACAGAUACCAACACAACUCAGGUUGUAAAAUCACAUCUCACUUUUCCGUACGACCAUGAGACUUACUUUACGGUUUGUCCUGUUCCUACCACAAGCUGCCAUUCUUCUUUCUACUCAAAUUGCCAAGUGAAACCCUUAACCUUUGAUAUCAAUUUUGGCAGCAAGACAAAAUAUGGAUUUGACCCCAGUGAAGAUAUUGCUCAGAGGUUGAGUGGUAGUGACAGUUGUGCAGGCUCCAGAAGUAUCUAUACUUUGGCAGCUUGUGAUCUGAAAUAUAACAUUCCAACAUCCACGGAAACUCAAAUUUCCUGUCAAGUGAGAACUCCCAUCGAACAUCUCAAUUUACUUUCACGAACACCUUAUUCUGGAUCCCAAUAUGAUCUGAGCAAGUUAAUUUGUGGUGUUGAAGAAGGUGAACUGAUCUCCAACAAGAAAAGUUGUGAGAUGGGGUCAAAAGUCUCUUGUGAUAAAAAUACAGAGGGUGAAUCUGUUGGAAACAGGGAAGAUACAUUCUUGAGUGAAUUCCCUCCUGAUAGAUCUGACGGGAGUGAUUCCGGACUCGGUUCGGAACUUGUGGAUGAAAGGAUCACUAUAAGAACUGACUCGCAGUCUUCAGAUGAGCUUGACAGUGCAGUAAACAAGUGGUCUUCUUUUCAAACAGACAUGCCAGCACUACCAUCAACUAGCAAACAUCCGAGAGUUAUUAAAAGCAAUUUAAAACGAAAAUUCAAUGCAGAAAGUGGAAUUGAUGGGCCAGCCGCUAGAAAAGCCAAGAGAUCCAUUGAAUUUGAAAAUGUUUCCAUAUUUUACUUUCCAAGGACUCAGGGCUUCACAUGUGUUCCAUCUCAGGGAGGCUCGACGCUGGGGAUGUCUUGGACACAUUCUCACGCACAGACGUUGACGCUGACAGAGCACGCUGCUGAACAGAGAAGACUUCACCGGCACCUGGUGGCUCAGCUAAGAAACAACAAUAACUCUAACGGAGUCGUCACAUCAUCUAGCGACUCCGACACGGACGAACAGCCCAGCGAGAGUGAACCCGAUUCCAACUACUACUUUUUGCAGCCGGUGCCCACACGACAGCGCCGUGCCAUGUUGAGGGCUGCGGGAGUGCACAAGAUUGAUUCGGUGGAGAAGGACGAGUGUAGAGACAUCCGAUCAUCUCGGGAGUUCUGUGGCUGCGCUUGUAAAGGCUUUUGUGACCCAGACACUUGCGCCUGCUCUCUAGACGGAAUCAAAUGCCAGGUGGACCGUAUAAACUUCCCUUGUGGCUGUACUAGAGAUGGCUGUGGCAACUCUAACGGCCGCAUCGAGUUUAAUCCAGUCCGAGUAAGAACACACUUCAUCCACACAUUGAUGCGACUUGACCUUGAAAAGAAACAACAACAAGAAGAAGAAGAGAGACAGCGAGUGCGUGACGUCGAUUGCAACCUAGCCAGCAACUUUACAAACUUCCAGUAUCGCAACAGUAUUUACGGCUACGAGGGUUACGGCUCAGCAAGCACCUCUGCUUACGGCUACGGUUACGGAGGGUAUCAUCAGAUGCCCAGUUACGAGCAGACGGACAUCACAGAGUUUGUUUCGCCAGGAUUAGAGUUUCAACAUUCUACGUACCAAUCAUUUACUCCGACCGGAACAUUCUCACAGCCCGAAAACAAUCACACUGACGUAAAGUUGGAAUCUUUCUCAGAACUGUUACAAGGUAGGUACACAGAGCCGGAGGUGAGUCCAGACGUCGACGUCACCAAUCCAAGGCAAAGUGUCUCGGAAGAUAAGCCCAGUCAAAACACUGAAGAAGCACAGGCAGAAAACUUUGGUGAGAUCAUCAAGAAAACAAUGGUAGAAAGUGUGACUGCUUGAACUUAAGGGGUUUAUUAUAUUUAAAAGUUUUAACGGCAUAUUCUAUUGUAUAUACCAUUUUAUUUUAACCUGAAAAUUUCUAUGUAAAUAUUAUUAUAAAUAGUAUACUUCAAUUAUUUACUUAUAGGAAUGUUUAAUUUAAAAUCUCUUAUUGUAUGUAUUAGACUUUUAGUUUCUAUACAACUUAUAACAAAAAUUGUUAUAUCAACUAGGGUAAGAUCGCCGAAAUUUUAAAAUAUGUGGUUACUAACAUUAUAAAUUGUUGCGAUAUUGUUGACCAAAAUUUUCGGUGAUACUACCAUUUUCCUUUAAUGUAUGUCAUUAUGCCUUUGCUUUAAAUUUUGUAUAAAAUUUGUAAAACCUACAGUCUUGCAUUGCUUUGUUGAUUUGACUUAUUAAGAACAGAAUAAAAGUUUUGUUAAGUUUUA